AUGGCAGAAAAGAGGUUCAUCGUUGAGGUUGAGAAAGCCAGAGAAGGCACUGAUGAUAAGCCUUCAAUCGGUCCUGUUUAUCGCAGUCUCUUUGCCACUGAUCCACUUCCUCCUCACAUUCAAGGCCUUGAUACCUGCUGGGAUGUUUUCAGGAUUGCUGCUGAGAAAUACCCAACAAGGCCGAUGCUUGGUCGCCGUGAAGUCGUGGAUGGGAAUCCUGGAAAAUACAAAUGGCAAACUUACCAAGAAGUGUACGACUUGGUGGUAAAAGUUGGAAAUUCCAUCCGAGCUUGUGGUUAUGGGGAGGGAGUAAAAUGUGGUAUGUAUGGUGCCAAUUGCCCGGAGUGGAUUAUGAGCAUGGAGGCCUGCAAUGCUCAUGGACUUUAUUGUGUUCCUUUAUAUGAUACCUUAGGUGCUGGGGCUGUGGAGUUCAUUAUAUGCCAUGCAGAGAUCUCAAUUGCAUUUGCCGAAGAAAAGAAAAUAGCUGAGCUGUUGAAGGCAUUUCCAAAUGCAGCAAAACAUCUUAAGACAAUCGUGAGCUUUGGAAAUGUUAUUCCUGAACAAAAGCAAGAGAUUGAAAAGUUUGGGUUGACAAUAUACUCAUGGGAUGAAUUUUUACAAUUGGGUCAUGAGAAGAGUUUUGAUCUUCCCGUGAAAAAGAAAAGUGACAUAUGUACGAUAAUGUAUACGAGUGGAACUACUGGUGACCCCAAGGGAGUGAUGAUAUCCAAUGAGAGCAUUAUUACACUCUUGGCUGGGAUUCAGCAAGUGCUGGGAAGUUGCAAUGAAGAACUGCAUGAAAACGAUGUAUACAUAUCAUACCUUCCUCUUGCACAUAUCUUUGAUAGAAUCGUUGAGGAGGCAAUGAUAUGGCAUGGGGCCUCCAUAGGUUUCUGGCGUGGGGAUGUCAAAUUGUUAUUGGAAGACACUGCGGAGCUAAAACCAACUAUUUUUUGUGCUGUUCCCCGUGUGCUUGAUAGAGUGUACACAGGUUUGACACAAAAGAUUUCUUCAGGGGGCUUCGUAAAACAGACCAUGUUCAAUUUCGCCUACUCAUACAAGUUGCAUAACAUGAAGAAAGGGCAAUCACAUGAAGCGGCAUCUCCACUAUUUGACAAAGUUGUAUUUAGUAAGGUAAAGCAAGGUUUAGGGGGUAAUGUACGUAUUAUUUUGUCUGGUGCAGCACCUCUAUCUAAACAUGUGGAAGGUUUCUUGCGUGUGGUGACUUGCGCACAUAUCCUACAAGGAUAUGGUCUAACUGAAACCUGUGCGGGAUCAUUUGUCUCAUUGCCAAACGAAAAGGACAUGCUUGGUACGGUGGGCCCUCCUAUACCAUAUGUGGAUGUGUGUCUGGAAUCUAUUCCUGAAAUGGAAUAUGAUGCGCUUGGAAGCACGCCAAGAGGAGAAAUCUGUAUAAGGGGAAGUACUGUGUUUUCAGGGUACUAUAAACGUGAAGACCUCACCAAAGAGGCUAUGGUCGAUGGAUGGUUCCAUACAGGUGAUAUUGGAGAGUGGCAACCUAAUGGAACCAUGAAAAUCAUUGAUCGAAAGAAGAACAUAUUUAAGCUUUCACAAGGAGAAUAUGUUGCUGUUGAAAACCUGGAGAAUAUUUAUGUUCAAGUUUCUGCUGUUGAAUCUAUAUGGAUCUACGGAAAUAGUUUCGAGUCCUUCCUUGUUGCUGUUGUUAACCCCGACAAGCAAGAGCUUGAAAAAUGGGCAGAAGAGAAUGGUAUAACCAUGGACUACAAUUCUCUCUGUGAAGAUUCUAAGGCAAAAGGUUACAUAAUUGGAGAGCUCACGAAGAUUGCAAGGGAUAAAAAGUUGAAAGGUUUUGAGCUUAUAAAAGCUGUUCAUCUUGACCCAGUUCCAUUUGACAUGGAACGUGACCUUAUCACUCCAACAUUUAAGAAGAAGAGGCCCCAGUUGCUUAAAUACUACCAGAAUGUCAUUGACGGAAUGUACAAGACAGGAAACAAAUCCAGCUCCUGAGAUAUCCUUUGAGAGGUCGCGUCAUGGAGGCAUUUCCCGCUACAAAUUCAAACGUUUAUUCUGUU